UGAAAAGCUCAAAUUGUUUUGCAAAAAAAAGUUGAACAUUUUAUUUUUAUCUGAAGAAAACGUAAUAAACAAAAUUUCAAAACGUAUAAUUUUUCAAAUUGUUAUUUUCAUACGAGAAAAUGGAAGAGGAAAAUGCCACCAUAGAAAUCGUAGAUAUAGAUGAUGAGGGAGUCCAAACAGUUAGAAACGAGCCCAUAAUCAACAUAGUCCUGGCACCAGAAUGUGUACAAAAUACCAACGCCUUAAAUGGAAACAUACCACUGUUCAUCAGAAAGCUUUGGAAAAUGGUCAACGACGAUAACAUUGAGGAUAUCAUAGGCUGGAACGAAAACGGUGACGGUUUCAUCAUCCACGAUCAGUUAGAAUUCAUUUCCAAAACCCUCACCAAAUAUUUCAAGCACAAUCAGUUGUCCAGUUUUGUGAGGCAAUUGAAUUUGUAUGAUUUCCAUAAGACACAACAGGUGGAAAGGGAGGAGUUGGAAUUCAGCCAUCCGUUUUUCCUUAGAGAUUGUAUACAGCUUUUGCCGAUGAUUAAAAGAAAGGUACAAACAGGUAGACAAAAAACAGCGACAGCAGCCAGUAGCAAUGAGCCCCAACCGUCUCCCCAAGUCCAAGCCUUAUUACAAGCACUGAAAGAUGUGAAAAAAAAGAACGCCACUAUCACAACGGAAAUGUCCAAACUACGCCAAGAAAAUGCCUCUAUAUGGGGCGAAAUGAACUCGCUCCAACUAAAAUAUUCUAAACAAUCCAAAAUUAUCAACAAACUCAUCCAUUUCCUAAUCACGUACAUGCAAAAGCAGCACGUCAGGCAACCCGGUCGGACUAUGAGUACCAGUAAUUCCAAUAAGUACUUGAAGACUGGGCCCAAAAUUAUGGAGCUCGAUUACCGGUACAGGAAUAAUCCUCACAAAUUUUGGUCGGAUUUCGAUAGCGACAGGAAUGAUAGGCUUGUGGAACAAGAACCGGCCUAUACUGUUGUGGAACCGUCUGAAUCAAUUCUUGAGAAUAAUCCAUCUCCUCAACAAGCAAAUACUCCAUCACCCCAGCCCAGAGUGGUCACAGGUAUCGAAGAACUUCUACCAAAUUCCAGUCCCUUCAACCAAUCAGAACAGCCUCUACCGCAAUUCGACCACAGCAUACCAUCGUCAAGCAAAACUCCAAAUUCGGCCCUUCAAAGAACCAGAGGAAGCUCAGAAAACCUUGGCUACCUUAUCGACAAUUCUCGAGUGGAAAUGAACAGCAUCAAAGAGUUAUUCAAAAGUUUAACACCCGAAGACAUGUCAAACUUUUAUAAAUUGGUUAACGAGAACUACAAGAAUCAGGAAGACGAGUUGAGCUUCGAAAUUGACAAUGAAUUGCCUUCAUUAGGACAGAUAGACCCACCUCAAGAAUCCUUGAUGCCAAUGCCAGAAGAACUUAGUGACAUAAACAAUAUGCUUAAUGCAGAUGCUGUGGCAACGUCAAUACAAACACAACAUGUUGCUGCCCCGAUACUGACACAAAAUGUCGCUGCCCCAAUACCGACACAACAAAUGAGCCUUAUGCAAGAUCUUGAUAAUUUAGUUCAAGAAUCAAUCAAAACUAAUAACAACAAAAUGGAUGCACCAAGUUUGGAUAUUUUGAGUGACGAUUUGCUGACCGACGAUUUGUUGAGCAAUGUUUCGGUCGAGCAGUAUUUCAAUAUAGAUUGAAAUUAUUUAGGCAGGAGUAGAUUUGUUUAUAUUUUUAAAUUAAUUGCCAGGCAGUUCUGAUAUUAUGAAGGAAAGUUUUCACAGAGUAGGUUUUUUGUCCGUUUAUCAGUUUACUGUUUUGACCUAAAAAUGUAUUUUGUGUUCUCUAUAAUAGGAAUAUGUCUUUUAUUAUUGGAUGCUGUUCAGCGCUAAUAAGAACAAUUUAAGAAAUUUCCUGAAAAUUCAAAAUAUCUAUGUCAGACUUUAGAGAGUGGCUCCAUGUAUAAAUAUAUACCUAGAUUCUGUAUUAGGUAAUUUCAAAUUUUCAAAGCUUUACACCUUAACAUAAUUGUAAGAGUAAUAAGUAAAAUGUUUCUCAUUAAAAAAGUUGAUUGGCAAAAUAUUAAAGUGAUUAAGAAAACUGUGAUAAUUUUGUGGUUAAUUUUAAAAAUUUCGGAUAUUUUUGUUUGAUUUAAAAAAAUAUUCACUCUCUGUAUAGGUACAGGGCGAAUUAAAAAAUCAUUUACCUUAUUGAUGUUAAGCAGAGAUUUACAGGUGAAGUUUCUACCUUAGUUGAAGAGACAUUUGCUAGUUUCAAUUUGUCUUUAUUGCAACAGUACCCCUGUGGAAUAUUGAGGUAAUUUCAAGAUUAUUUUAAUUAAGUAUUGUUCUAUGGGGCUGAAAUUACCUUGGGAAAAGUUCCUAAACAUUUUCAAAAUACAGGGCCUCACCCUGUAUAAUAAAUUAUUACAGUUUAUGAUCAUUUAGUAUUUUUUUUGGAAAAUCAUGGUGAUUUAAGUGCUAAUAUUUCUUGACAGGAAUAGGAUAAUAAUCAAUAUAAUUGUUUUAUUUAUCUUUGAACAUUAAUAAUUAUUGUAAUCUCAAUAAAUAAAAAUCUUACUCAUAUUUAUUAAAGUUGUUCAAUUAUUAUUGUUUUUGAUAUACAUAAUAUUUAUAUUUCUACUAAAAUAUUAUUGGUACAUGUCGCCAUAAGUAUACAGAGUGUACCAAUUUCAGGUAGGUAUCCAAAUGGACGUUUUCAAUUUGCAAACUACUAAUCAGUUGCUCGAAAUUGCUAGAUUUUAAUUUGUAUUAACUUUUUUUUUAAUAAACCCUGCAUUUAUAAUUUUUGUUUAAUGUAAAAAACCUUUAGUUAGCAUCUAAUAUUGUUUCUUUUUUUUUUGUGUGUGGAGGAUUAGACUAUUAUUUUAAUUAUUUAUGGUUUUAAAUGUAA